AUGCAGGUUUUGGCUGCAGAUGCACCAUCAGGAAGUGGAGAGUUGCUCAUAAUGAAUGAUUUACCUGUUUACAAGAGAGGGAGGAACAAAAUACAAGAAGCCAUAAAAGAGGCUGAGCAAAAGAAGAGGAAGAAUAAGAUCAAAAAUAGAAUUUCUGCUGCAAAAUCUCGAGCUAGGUCUCAGGAGAAUACAAGAUUUCUGGAAGAAAAAGUGGAGCAAUUGAGAAAUGAGAAUGCACUUUUAAAGAAAUUACUUUCCCUGGAAACUGCAGCAGCUGAGAGACUCCCAGAGGAAAGAGAAGUGAUGCAAGGGAAAAAGGCAAAACAGUGUUUAGAACCGGAAGAACAGCACACAUAG